GGGGGCGGGGGGGGGGGCAGUGAGGAACCUCAGACCUGGGAAUGAAGAAGGAAUCAGGGAGAGACUUCGAGUUAGCAAGGGUUACCAGCCAAGUGGGGACAGAGUCAGCUGGGUAGAGGUGGCGUUCUGCUUGUGUCCUCUGGGCUUCCGUGAAUGUGUGUCUGAAAUUUGGGGGGGAACAGGCCACCCAGCAGGGUGCUGGCUAAGUCUCCCUCCUUGGCUACUCUAACUUUCCCCUUUUUUUGGUAGGACCCACAGCACUGGUGUAGAGGAGAACCAGGCAAAAGAGACCCUGAAGCCGGCCGGAGGAGUUCUGGCAGGUGGCUCUGGCGAGCGGUGGUGAGGCGCAGACAGACAGCUGUGGCCUGGGAACCAAGGAGGAUGUGAGCCGUCUGAACCAGAGGGAGGAGGGUCUGCAGGCUGUGAGUGAGGGUGGGGAGUUCCUGACCCCUCUCCACCUUCCAGAAUGACCCCAGACUGGCACAGCUCCUUGAUCCUCACAGCCUACAUCCUCAUCUUUCUCUCUGGGCUCCCUGCCAACCUGCUCGCCCUGCGGGCCUUCGUGAGCCGGGUCCGCCAGCCCCAGCCCGCUCCGGUGCACAUCCUCCUGCUUAAUCUGACCCUGGCCGACUUGCUCCUGCUGCUGCUGCUGCCCUUCCGGAUCGUGGAAGCGGCGUCUAACUUUCGCUGGUACCUGCCGAAGAUCGUGUGCGCGCUCACGGGCUUCGGGUUCUACAGCAGCAUCUACUGCAGCACGUGGCUGCUGGCGGGCAUCAGCAUGGAGCGGUACCUGGGAGUGGCCUUCCCGGUGCAGUACAAGCUAUCCCGCCGGCCCCUGUACGGCGUGAUCGCUGCUCUGGUGGCCUGGAUCAUGUCCUUCGGCCACUGCACCGUCGUCAUCAUCGUCCAGUACCUGAACUCGACCGAGCCGGUGGGCACUGGCAACCAAAUAACGUGCUAUGAGAACUUCACCCAAGAACAGCUGGACGUGGUGCUGCCCGUGCGGCUGGAGCUGUGCCUGGUCCUCUUCUUCGUCCCCAUGGCAGUCACCAUCUUCUGCUACUGGCGCUUCGUGUGGAUCAUGCUCACGCAGCCCCACGUAGGGGUGCAGAGGAGACGCCGGGCGGUAGGCCUGGCCGUGGUGACGCUUCUUAAUUUCUUGGUGUGCUUCGGACCUUACAACGUGUCCCACUUGGUGGGGUUCUACUUGCGGCAGAGCCCCCCGUGGCGGGUGGAGGCUGUGGUGUUCAGCUCGCUCAACGCCAGCCUGGACCCGCUGCUCUUCUAUUUCUCCUCCUCCGUGGUGCGCAGAGCUUUCGGGAAAGGUUUGCUCCUCUUGCGCAACCCCGGCUCCUCGGUGCUGGGCAGAGGAGCUAAAGAGGCAGUGGAGGGGACCAGGAUGGACAGGGGCGGGAGUCAGGCAGAGGGGGUGCCCAGCUCUGAUUUCGUCACUGAGUAGAGAGUUGGGCCUGACCUCCGUAGCCUCUGGGUCAUCCAGAAGUUUGGCUGGCUAGCAGAACACCUGAAACUCCGGUGAAAGACACAAAAAAUAAAAAAGAAACCCUGCCCCGCCGGCUUGGCUGAGUUUUCCUGCUCCAGGAUACAAGAAGAAAUGGCUAAAAGACAGUGCGGCCAGGGUCUCGGAAGCGAGGUGGCUAACAGGAGGGCAGUUUUUAAAGCACUCUUCCUUCAAGUUUGGACACACAGUCCAGAGACAGUGGUCUGGCUGGCGAUGCUGCUUAGAAGCCUAUGAAGGGAUUGGAGGAAAGCUGUGGGAAGAAAAUAAACCCCAGAAAGGCUCUGAGCGCCACGCGAGGGACUAGCAGGGAGGACAUGGGCUCAGGUCUCUGGUGAGCUGGGUCUCUCUACAGCUGCUUGAGCUGUCCCUUUGUAAGUGUGCUCUGUUGAUUGUCACAUUUUGGCCGCGCCUCCACCGUUAAGCUGGGUUCUGGUUGCACAUCUGUCCUCGGCAUCAUCCCCAGCCAGGCUAGGAUGUGUCUUGGUUGGUACCCAACAGUCUGACAUUACACUGACCUGCAUGGAAGGACAAAACAAAACAAAAAAAACAAAACACCAGUCUGAUCUGACAGGUGGAAAAUAAAGAUUAUGGGAGUCUGAA